UUUACUCUCACUCUAGCCACUGCACGGCCAAUUCAUUCUCACUCAUUUCCUACUCACUCUCCCCACACACUCUCACUCUACCCACUCACUCACUCACUCACUCUAGCCACCGCUCUACCAACUCACUCUCAGUAUACCCACUCACUCAUUCUCACUCCACUGUCUACACUCGCAGCCUGAUGCACGCUGGCACGCGCAGGGCUUCAGCGACAUGAGAGGCUCUACUCGCCCCUUGAACAGGGCAGUAUGUAUGACCAACUGUCCCACCCUAAUUGUGACAGUGGGGUUGCCAGCUAGAGGGAAAACCUACAUUUCUAAGAAACUAACUCGCUACCUCAACUGGAUUGGUGUACCAACUAAAGAGUUCAAUGUUGGUCAGUAUCGGAGGGAGUGUUUGAAGAUCUACAAGAACUUUGAGUUCUUUCGCCCUGACAAUGAGGAGGGACUAAAGAUCAGGAAGCAGUGUGCUUUGACAGCGCUGAAUGAUGUCCGACAGUAUCUCAGUGUGGAAGGAGGUCAGGUGGCUGUGUUUGAUGCCACUAACACUACAAGAGAGAGGAGGAGUAUGAUCCUGAGAUUUUCAGAGCAGAAUGGCUACAAGGUGUUCUUUGUUGAGUCUGUGUGUGAAGACCCUGAAGUUAUUGCCCAGAACAUUGUACAGGUGAAGCUGGGCAGCCCAGACUACAUUGAUUGUAACACUGAGGAGGCCAUUCAAGACUUUAUGAAAAGAAUCAAAUGUUAUGAAAGCUCCUAUCAGCCACUGGAUGAGAUCUUGGACAGAGAGCUGUCGUACAUCAAAGUGAUGGACGUAGGACGGCAGUAUUUAGUUAAUCGUGUGCUAGAUCAUAUUCAGAGCCGAAUUGUCUACUACCUGAUGAAUAUCCACAUCACUCCACGCUCCAUUUACCUCUGCCGCCACGGAGAGAGCGAGCUAAACAUCAGGGGACGCAUUGGUGGGGACUCAGGCCUGUCAACUCGUGGCAAAGAGUUUGCACUUUGCCUGGGUAAAUUCAUUCAGGAGCAGAAUAUAAAGGAUCUGAAGGUUUGGACGAGUCAGAUGAAGAGAACCAUUCAGACAGCUGAGGCUCUGGGGGUGCAGUAUGAACAGUGGAAAGCUCUAAAUGAAAUUGAUGCUGGAGUGUGUGAGGAGAUGAUGUAUGAAGAGAUUCAGGAGCAUUAUCCUCUAGAGUUUGCUCUGCGUGACCAGGACAAGUACCGCUAUCGCUACCCUAAAGGAGAGUCUUACGAGGACCUGGUACAACGACUGGAGCCAGUAAUUAUGGAGUUGGAAAGGCAGGAAAACAUUCUGGUCAUCUGCCACCAGGCUGUCAUGCGCUGUCUCCUUGCCUACUUUCUGGACAAAAGUGCAGAUGAGUUGCCUUAUCUGAAAUGUCCCCUACACACUGUGCUGAAGCUCACUCCAGUGGCCUAUGGGUGUAAGGUGGAGUCCAUCUAUCUCAAUGUGGAGGCAGUGAACACCCACAGGGACAAACCUGAGAAUGUUGACAUUUGCCGUCUGGCUGAGGAGGCCCUUCUUACAGUUCCUGCUCACCAGUGACGUACACAUCUCAGACAUUUCACACCACAGCUACACUCCAUCAGGCUACUCAACUGAUAGCCAGCGUUUCUUUUUCAUUAUUCUCUUUUUGUAUUUUUUGUGCUCAGGAACACAGAGCACAGUGUGAACUGAAGGAUUUUUACUUUCAUUUUUUUUUUCUUUCUUUAUUCAUGUACCAGAUUGAUAACUGGAAUCCAGUUUUAAGACAAUGAACCCUAGUGUUGGGGUAUGUGUGUACACACAUGUAUGUAACUACGCGCAUGUGAUGCCAGUGUGGACUAGAAACAAAGAUGAUUGGUGUGGCAAAAAGAUUUUUUUGGCAUUUUUCUAAAGAAAUUUUUCAACCUGGGUUUUUUUAUUUUGCUGUUUUGUUUUUAUUUUUUGUUCUAUUUUUCUUUUUCUUUUUUUUUCUUAGUUGCAUUAAAACAUUCCCUUAAGCAGUACUGUAGAUCUGUUGGGGGAGAUGUUUACACUUUCCCACAAUGUGUGAACUGCACAUUUUUUUUUUUUUUGGUGGUGAUUGAAAAAUGUUUUGAAUUACACUGUGCCAAACAAAUCAGACUUUAUCUAAAGCCUCAGUAAGGAUGUUUUGGCCGCUGUUCAUUCUAAAUGAACCUUCUUAAUAAGUCAUACUAAGUCUAAAUGAAUUAAUACCCAUUAUCGAUCAUAGAAAACCCAGAGCUUUGGUUAUUUGGAGAUUUAGUUAUUCAAAUCAAUAGCAUACAGAAGUCUUAAAGCAGCAAAUCAAAUAUACCCCUGCUUCUGCUGUGAGCAACGUGUCACUUACUUCCCUCGAGUAUUCCUGAUCUAACUGAAUGAAAUAACUGA